AUGAGAAAAAAAUCCAUCAUAAAGAAGGCAAGAUUUUUAUCAGAAGCAGAAGAAACAUCCUGUAUAUUAGAUGAACAAAAUGGUAAAACAGAAGAAAAUGAAGAUAUAUCUAGUGAAAGAAGUAAACUCAAUACAGAAAUUAGAACAUUUGAUGAAGAUACUAAUAAUGAACUUAAUUUUUAUCUCGAUGACAAUAAUAUUACGAAUGACACAGAAAAAUGUAAAAAGGCAUCCUCAUACAUAAAUUGGAGAGGAAUGGAUUAUGUUAAUUUGCUAUUAAAUAAAAAAGAAGAUUAUAAUAUCUCAUGUCUUGUUGAAAAAUGGAAAGAGAAACAAAAUUCUUUUCAAACAAGUAUAGUUCAAAAAACAAAUUCAGCAUGUAAUGAAAAAACGUUUAAUUAUUGUGCUAUUUUGAAUAAAAAUAAUGGCUGCAGUAGACCUUAUGAAAAUAAUGAUCUACCAGUAAGUACAUUAACAUACAAUCAACUCAAUGAAACUAGUUAUAGUGAUAAUAAAACUCAAAUUAUUGAGCAAAGACAGCUUAAAUUUGACAAUGUUACUAAUGAUAUAUCUUAUUACUAUUACAGAAGGUAUGAAGAUGACAAAUCUGAACUUAAUUGUGGAAAGUGGAGUAUGUAUAUAUAUAAGAGAGGAAUGCAAUUUGUUAACAUGUUCGCCAGUGAAUUUUAUGAUGAUCCAUUAUAUAUAAAUAAUUCUAUUCAAAUAUGGAAUGAUUAUAGUAAUACAAUGGAAAAAACUGUGCUAGAACAGACUGGUAAUAAAUGUAAUAUGACAACAUUAAUUUAUCAAAUUAAAGAACGAAAAAAUACAGAUGAUCCUUAUAAUUUAGAUUGGCUUUCUUCAAAUAGCACUCAAAAUAUAUCUAAUGAAACUUUAAAUAAUGCAACUGCAUUACCAGAUACAUUACAAGAUACAUUACGAGAUACAUUACCAGAUACAUUACAAGAUACAUUACGAGAUACAUUACCAGAUACAUUACCAGAUACAUUACGAGAUACAUUACCAGAUACAUUACCAGAUACAUUACGAGAUACAUUUCCAGAUAACUUACCAGAUACAUUACGAGAUACAUUAGCAGAUACAUUACCAGAUAGCUUACAACCUACAACUGUAACUCCUAAUGUAUUGCAUAAUGAUACUACUACAGGUUCAUUGGGUAACAAUACGACUAGUGUUAAUGAUGUAGAUGGUACCAGUCCCUCUGAAUAUACAUUAACAAAGGACACUUCAGUACCACCAGUUGCUGUAGAUCAAAUUGUCCCAGGAACUGCAACCGCAAUUUCUCCAGAAGACUCAACACAAUCCAAUUCUUUAACUCCAAAAGAUACAAUACAUUCUAGUACUAAUACUAUAUCUGGAACAACCUCAUCAUCACAUUCCCCUGAGGUUCUAACAUCUCCUACAACUGAAACAUUACCUUCAAAUUCUACUACAAGUAGUGGCACACCUUCAGUUACACCUUUACCAGGAGAAAUAUCUCCUACAGCGACCAAUGAAUAUUCUAAUACUACUAUGAAGACAUUUACAAAUAAUAUUACAGCUUCUACAACAUCCACUAAAUCUCCUGCAACUUCUUUACCUUCUGAAAAUGUAACUUUUGUAAAUAAAAAUAUAUCUACAAUUGGCAAUACAUCUGUUACAAAUGUUACUGCAUCUCCUUCAAUUGAUCCUAUUUCUUCUCCUGAGAUUGCACCUUCUCUUACAACUAUGACUACGACUCCUACAGAUAGCUCUACACCUCCACUACCUUCAUCUAUUCCAAAAAUCACAACUUUGCCAUCUACAAAUAAUUCUACAUCACGUACAAAUGAUAUGCCUAUUCAUCCUACUAAUGAUGUUACUCAUAAAACUGCAACUUCACCUUUUUUGACAAAUACCACUGAAAAUUCUACUGCUACCAUUGAACCAUUUACCAAUAAAAUUGCAUCUCCUGAAACUGACAUUAUAUCUCCUGCAAUUAACACUACAUCUCUUAUGUCUGAUACUAUAUCUCCAACUCCACUUUCGAAUUCUCUAGAUAAAACACCUAUUCUCACAACUACAACUGCUUUUUUUCCUACAACAAAUAACAAUUUACCUUCAAAUCAGACAGAUAUUAUCCAACUGCAGAACCAACAAAAUAUACAUGUCCCUCUUAAACAGGUUCAACAACAUGUAAAUGGAAGGAAUAGUACUGAAAAUAUUUCACUAAGUACCACUGUGACUGUUCCAAAUAUUUCGACGCCAAUUCCACCAAGUGAUCCUACCGAAGUUACGCCUACUGUUACACCUAAAGGUAAUUUGUUAAUACCAAUGGUUCCAGUAGGUAUAUUUAUUUUGGGAAUUAUUUUUCUUUUGGUUCUUAUUUGUAAAUGUACUCCUAUUGGAUCUUGGAUUCGUAAUAGGAAGUCGAAAAAAAAAAAAGCAAGAAAAAAGAUUAAGAAAAUAACAAGGGAACCGUUGCUAAUGGAUACAAACAAUAUAAAGAAUGAACCAAUAAAUAAUGAAAAUUAUUCGUUCUUAUACCAGGAAAAAGAAAUACCACUAUAUGAUAUGAUUUUGGAAAAUGAAAAAGAUUUGAAGUAUAAACAUUUAAAGAAAUCCAAAGCACAUAAAGGAAUGUAA